AGUUACAGUCCUCGUCUUACAGCCGCUGCAGGGAUCAGAUUCCUGAGCAGCAGCAGAGUUCGGAGCGGCCGCCCGCUGACACCCGGACACACGCUCCUCCAGGAUGGUGAGACGCUGAGACCAUCUCUUGGACAGAUUUCUCUCCGGACUUUCUUUCACUCUCGCUGUUUUCCUCUUUUCUGUGCAGGCCAAGUUCCUGACCCAGGAUCAGAUCAACGGUAAGACCCUCUUCCUUUACUUCUGUCAGUGUGGUGGUUUUUGGUGGCAGAGGGAGACUCACAGUUAGCAUCUUUAGCAGCGAUAGUUGAAGAUAAAACAGACCAAAGUUCUCCGUACAGGGCUGCUCUUGUUCCCGGUGACCGAAUUCCUGGAGCUGCUGAUGUGAUUAAACACGAAGGUUUUCACUCUGACGACUGAAAGAACAAAGGACUCACAGUUGAAGUUGAACCGGGUCAUGACCCACUUUGUUCUCACCAAACUCUGGUGACCCCAGACUUCCAAAACACCGACCACGUUUAACUGAAACGGUUUUUAAUCAUGUAAGAAUUUAAACCUCUGCUGUGAGGAAGCUCCCAAUUUAACCCAGAGUGACACCAGUUCACGUUCAUGACUGAGGCCGGACCGGCCAGAACCGGGUCAGAACUCUGAGGCCGGACCGGCCAGAACCGGGUCAGAACUGAGUGUUAGAAUAUAAUUCAAUGAGAGGGUUGGACUGAAUGUCAGACAUGUGUGAACGGAAGGAAAAAAACACGGAAGAAAUUAUGACUGCAAGAAACCAUUCAUCCAUUCAUUCAUCAUCCAUGCAUCCAGCCAUCCAUCUAUCAAUCACCCAUCCAUCAUCCAUCUUUUCAUCAUCAAUCCAUCAUCAGACAUCCAUCCAUCCAUUCAUCCACCCAAAAUCCAUCAAUAAUCUAUAUUCAUCCAUCCUUUCAUCCAUUCAUCAAUCCAUCCAUCUACCUAUCAUCCAUGCAUCAGCCAUCAUAUAUCCAUCAAUGAUCCAUCCAUCCAUCAGACAUCCAUCAUCAAACAUCCAUCCACCCAUUUAUCCACCCAACAUCCAUCAAUAAUCCAUCGAUCUACCGAUGAUCUAUGAAUUAUCCAUCAGCAACCCAUCAAUAAUUAUUCCAUCCAUCUUCUAUCCAUUCAUCCACCCAACAUCCAUCAUCCAUCCAUCCUCUCCAGUUGAGUCUCUGGACCAGCAGACCUCCUUUUCCUAUCAGUGUUUUCCAAAGACUCCAGAUCAGAUCAGAUGAUACAGCGAACAAAAACAAAAACCUACAAACUCUUUUGUUUUUGUUUUUGUUUUUGAUGAGCUGAACUCAAAGAUCUCAGAGUUUUUUUCUGACAUCUAUGUCGUUCAGUUCUGUGUGAUAAAACUUCACCUGUGAUAGUGACCAGUCUGAGACACACCUGUGAGGAGGAUGGAUGAUCUCAUGAUCUCAGAGUACACAUGUCAUGGUCUAAAGACCGUCUGUUGGUAUCUGGGUCAGGGUUUUGUGGAGUCACCCUGGACCUGGUCUUUCUUUGUCUGUUGCAGAGUUUAAAGAGUGUUUCUCUCUGUACGACCGUCAGCGGAAAGGGAAGAUCGGAGCUCAGGAGCUGAUCACGGUGAUGCGGUGCCUCAGGUCGAACCCCACCCCCUCUGAGGUCCAACGACACCUGCUGAGCCACAGCAUAGGUACACCUGAGACCGUCUCACCUGUGUGUCCGUCUGUGAUCUCUUUACACCCCGGUACCACGACAGACUGUGUAAGAGAUCCAACGAAGCAGCGAAGUGAGGUGUCGGGUGUCAAUGUGUGUGUGUGUGUGUGUGUGUGUGUGUGUGUGUGUGUGUGUGUAGGGGGGUGCUCUGCAGAAACCAGUCUUAGCGACAAUAAUCUCAUCUCAUUUUGAACUUCCGGGGUGGAGGGUGUCCAGAAAUGGGUUUCCUCCUCAGGGUGUCCGGGCUCAGCCUUAGAGAUAGGGUAAGGAGCUCGGACACUCGGGAGGCGCUCAGAGGAGAACCGCUGCUCCUCCACGUCCAGAGGAGUCAGCUGAGGUGGCAUCUGGUUAGGACGCCUUCUGGACGCCUCCUGUUAGAGGUGUUCCAGACAUGUCCCACCAGGAGGAGACCUCGUGGUCAGUCCAGGACCAGAUGGACGGAUCUGGGCUUCCCUCCUGAAGCUGCUGCCCCCGCGACCCGGACCCGGAUGAAGAGGAAGAAAACGAAGAGUCUGAACCUCCUCUAAACUGAAGUGACAGGAAUAGUGAUGCACGAUAUGAAAAAUUUCAACCGAUACGAUAACCGAUAAUUUUCUUCUUCUCAUGGCCGAUACUGAUAAAUUCAUAUUUUUACAUUUAUUAUAAUCUUCAUAUAAUCUGCAGUUUGUGCAGGAUGCAGUGAUUGAAAACUGAUAUUUCUGUUGCUCUGGCCUAUCUAGAACAACAAACAAAAGUUUUUGGCUCUUCAAAUGUGGUCAUUUGCUAUAAAUAACAAUAACAGAGCAAAAAGCAGAACUUCAUUUGAUCCCCUGAACUGUUCAACAGAACUGUAAACUGUAAAGGAGCUAUUAUGAGACGUUAGGAUUAGCAUGCUGACCGGACUAACAUCUGACGUCCAUAUGUCUGUGGUAAAACUCACGUGUAGUCCGUUCUUGUCGAUCAGGUUGUGAAUGUUUGUGGCGACAAUAUCAUAGAGUGCAGGAAGAGACACAUCCGAGAAGAAGCGGCGGCUUGGGAGAGUGUAACGUGGCUCCAAGUGUGCUAUGAACUUACGAAAACCCGGGUUCUCAACGAUGGAAAAAGGCUGGUCGUCGACCGCUAUGAACUCCAUCACUUUGUCGUUAAUGGCUUUAGCCUUUUCGCUGUCUCUUGAGAAGCUUUUGCAGUUUUUAAACGCCCGCUGAAUGGGGACAUCGAUCCUCCGUAGUGUUGAUGUCUUAGCUUUAGUACCACUAGCAGCUUCGGCGGCUGUCUCAUAUUCUUUUACUACCGCUUCGCCGCGAUGGCGACUUUUCAGAUGAGCUAUCAGAUUCGUUGUGUUAAAACUUGACGUCUUCUUUCCUCCUCUCGGAAUCCUCGCUGAACAGGUUUUGCAUAUAGCAGCUGUUGUCAUCUUCUGCCACUGAGAGAAACGACCAUGCUGGUGAAGACAUUUUAUUAUCUGUCAGGUAGUGACAGGGUCAGGCUUGGGACCUGCGGGUAAGGCGCGACGGGCGGCUACUCCGCCUGCAAACGUUACUCGUAAUUUCAUUAAUAUAUCGGAUCUUUCUAUCGGAAAAAUGCACCUAUCGGACCGAUAAAAAAUGACGUAAUUUCCCCCCAAAUCGGCCGAUAUUUUAUCGGUCCGAUAAAUAUCGUGCAUCCCUAGACAGGAACAUGAAAACUCUGACACCUCAGUUUAGACCCAGAACCUUUUCUUUCUCUGGUGUCACUGAGACUCGGAUCAUCAGGUCUGAUCGGAGGACCAUGAUUGUUGCGCAGAUCUGUUGAUCUCUCCUCAGCUCUAUCACAGUUUGUUUGAUGAUUGGUAAAUCCUAAUCUGUUGUUACUACAAAUGAGCUGUUUGGGGAUUAGAGACAAAUCCUGUGAUGGUUUCAGAGCUGGGUCAAACAGAGAAAAAACUCUCUCCCCCUCAGGAUGACUGCAGAUUCACCUCUUCUUCAAUGCAGCAGGAUGAUCACCUGGUCAGAUGGGGUCUACGAGGUCCGCUAGUCCAAGAACCACAGUAGAGUAAAAGUGUCAGAAACUCUUCAACUCUUAAGGUCCUUACACACCGGCGAAUUUGCGGAGCGAAGCGAAAAAGCGAGACGAAAAUUGCGAAUAUUUGCCGGUCCGAAAAAUCGCUUUCGCCUAUACACAUCGGCCGCGACGCGAAUAUGCGUAUAUUUUUUGCAAAGCGAAUUAAUAAAGUCGCUUUGCGGCACGGACAUGACACAUGACAUCUGUCUCCUAAGGAAGACAUGAGAGAGUGUCAUCUUGUGAGAAAACUACUUCAUUAGUAAUUAGAAAGAGUUUUGGAUGAACCUCAGCUGUCUUUCUCUGCGUUUUCAUAAUCUCAAACUUCUCCCUCUCCUCCAGCCGUAUGGGUCUGUGACGUCAUCAACAACAUGACUUUUGAUUGGCCAGAGGUCUAGCAGGUCCAGAUAUUCGCCUGCGAAUAUCCGAAAAAUUCGACACAGGAGCGAAAAAAUAAAAGCGGCUUUUCGCCCCGCGGAAAAAUCGCCGCCGGUGUGGAAGCAUGCAUUGACUUUAAGCUGUUUUAAAAAAAGGCGAAUAAUUCGCCUGGCGAAUUCUCGCCCGGUGUGUAAGGACCUUUACACUGAGGUUUGAUUUAAGACUCUCAAGGGUCCGAGCCGGGUCAUCCAAGGUGUACCAUCUCAGACCGGUAAGACGGCGCCUACCUGUGCAAAUUUCUGAUGAUUCAGCACUUUGAAAACAGAAGCUCUCAAAGAUUCAUGAUGAGUCCCAAAAUAUAAUUACCCCGGAUUUUCACCAGAGCGAUUUUUACCGUCCACCAAUUCCUACCGGAUCUGUUUGUGAGGCGAAUUUCGUGGCGGAUUACGGACAGCUGACAGCGAGAACUCACAAGAACCUGCAGAGUCACGUCCAAUCUCACGAUAACGAGUUGUCUCUCUAAAGACAGACACAUAGACAUAUAAGCAGUAGACUGUGUCCUUCGUCUCUGUAAAACUCAUGUCGUCGCCUCACUCCUGACCCGGACCGAACCGAACCUUUCUUUGGAUCCUUUCAGAGCCGACGGCACAGACGGACAGAUUAUGGACGGAUUAUCAUGGAUCCUAAACGGAGAGAGGACACUCUGUCUUAUUUCAGCCGUCCUCUGUCGUCAUCUCAUCCCUCUUUAGUGUUUCUAUUAUUAUCGUUAUUGUGGAUCUCAGGCUUUAGGAAAAAGGAUCAGAGAGAAAACACUGAAGGCAGACCUCAUCCAGGACUACAGAGACCCUCUAGAUUUCACAGCCUUCAUCUCAGUCAGAAUCAAAAAGGUAAAAAAAAGACGUUUACAGACGUUUUAGUCUCCACAGCUGAUAGAUUCACAUUUAAAAACGAGGACUGAGAUUUAAAACACACACACAGAUCUGUUCUCUUCUCAAAGUUCACAGGGAGAAACCUUCAUGGAUCCAGUUUCUCCUGGUUCUGUUAGUGAGGUCUGGAGGGUUAAAGUUGGGUUAGGUCAACUUUUCCAACAUGGCGGUGAACCUUCAGAACUUCAGGAACCAGCAGAUACGGUCAGGAGCGUGAAGGUUAGCGCCUCAGCGUAGGAGGACUCGGUUUGGAUGUGGACUUUAAGAUGACCCAGUCUGUGAAACACCGAGAGUUUGGUGAAGAUGUGGGGGUGUAAAGGGGGUCCAGAUUCAGCUGUAGUCCAUCUGAACCAAACCUGCUGGACUCUGGCGAGGACACCUGAUCGUAUGAUCCACCUGAGGACCCCGAGGACCCUCUUUUUAUCAGCUGUGAGUGUUUUUUGGUCCACAGUCCAGUCUGGUGGUUUGGUGGACUUCGAAAACCAAAAACCUGGACCUGAGCCUGACCCUGUUCAGAGGAUUUCUCAGUCUCUAAAUUCGCUAAACCUCGUAGCAGACCUGACCCCACAAACUGCAGCCUAGCUUGCGUGGCGGUCCUCCCUGCAGUUCGACACUGAAGUUGGCGAGCUGACGAACGUCUAAAGUUGUGUCGUUCAUGAAUGAUUCGUUCAAAAGAACUGCUGAGUGAACGAGUGAAUCACUCUGAGACCUGAUUGGUUCUCUCCUCAGUUCAGUUGAGCUCAGCCGUCAGCCUGACGCCCCGGUCAGGAGUGGAACUGCUCGCUCACUGGCUGUGUGCCGUUUGACAAAGAGUCAAAGGCUCUUUGAGUCUUUUGAACAAAUCCUUUUAAUGAUUCUAAAGAUUCAGUACAGUCAAACGAACGGUUCUUUCCAUCACUUCAAACAUCCAUCACGUCUAAAACUCUGAACUGUCCCUUUAAGCUGUCUCUCUUAUCGUUUUGUCCUCAUCAGGGCUCCUGCGGUUCCCUCGCUCCUCCUGGACCGGCUGAUAUUUAUCGCUCUCGGUGUCUCGGUGUCGUGGUUGUAUAACAUGUUUUAGUAUCAGAGGAGGAAAGUCAUCAUGAGCGCAGAGUUUCCACUCGGAGUUUGUUUAACAUGUUUAAACUGUCACCAGCUUAUCUCCGCGCUCCGCUCUUUACAUCCCCUUUAAUUGCUUUUCUGUUUGAACAUCUGAUUUCGUAUUUGCAGACAGAUAUUACUUUUUCUUCCCCUCCGUCUCCUCCGGUUUCCCGCGGCGGUGUCCUCAUUCCUCCCGCACGGAUCCCUGGUCUUAUCUGUGUUCCCGCUGAUAUCAGAAACCAUCUCUCUCUGCAGACGGGUUCGGGGAGCUCGACUUCUCCACCUUCCUGAGCGUCAUGCACCGGCAGCUCCAGCAGGAGGCGCCGGAGGAGGAGAUCCUGGAGGCGCUGAGGAUGGCGGACAAGGAGCAGAAAGGAUUCAUCAUGGCGUCGGAGCUGAGGGCCAAACUGACGGGGCUGGGGGAGAAACUGAGCGACCGGGAGGGUGAGCGGGUCUGAACCCUCUGUUUGGACCGUCUCUCUCUCUCUUUUUUUUUUUUUUUUUUUUUUCUUCCUUUUUAUUUGUUAAAGAGGGACAGUGUACAUUAAUGAACAUUUUAAAAAGAUAAAAUGUAAAUGGACCCAAUUGUAGCCACAAGGCUAAUUUCCAUUGGUAGUCCCCCUGCCAGAAGGAACAUGGCUACCUAAAAAGGUGGGAAAUCAGCAACUACAUAAAAACAUACAUAAUACACAAUAUUUAAAACAUCAACAUAACCCACCCGAAAGCACGCCAACCAACUAAUGGUAACAAGUUUGGUUUUCAAGUAACCACCUCUUCAAAUUUACUUUAAAUGCUCUGUAUGAAUUGGACUCUCUUAUGUUUUGUGGUAUUGUGUUCCAAUCCUUGCCUGCCCUAAAAGAAAACACUGACUGACCAAAUAAAGAUUUUCUAAGUGGGAUCUGGCAGUCUCCUCUGGCCGCCCCUCUAGUACCACUAGUUGUUGGAGAUCUAAACUGUAUGAGGUUGCAGAGUGGGGGCGGAGCUACCCUAUGACGGAUUUUAUAUGUAAGACAACAGUUUUUGAAAAGGACAAGAUUACGGAGCCCCUAAAGGGACAUGGAUGGACUUUUUUUUUUUGCGAGAUCUCGCAAAAGUAUUGCGAGCGCUCGCAAUAAAUAUUGCGAGAUCUCGCAAUACUUUUUUGCGAGAUCUCGCAAAGUUCUGUCCUACUUCGGUGAACCGGAAGUAAAACAGACACACAUGAUGGAGGAGCGUACACAUCAUAGACAUAAUAAAAGGGUAGACCCCGCUGGGGGUGCUGCGCAGCGAGAAAUGCGGCCGCCAUCUUGGUCAGGUCAAGCUUCCCAUACGCUCCGGUCAAUCAUAUUCAUUCAUUCAUUCAUUCAUUCAGCGAUGCCGGCGCACUGUGCGGCGUUUUCCUGUGCCAACAGGCGGACAGCAGAGAACAGGGCUCAAUGAAUAACUUUUUACAGUUAUGAUUACACGUUUUUUCAACAUUACACUUGACUGUAGAGUCAUUUGUAGGCCAAAGAGGAAGACAGUGGUGCAGAGUGAGGCGGAUGACCGGACCAAGAUGGCGGCCGCAUUUCUCGACAGCGCCCAUUCGUGGUAGCGGCCGAUGCGGGGUCUAUCUUUUAUUAUGUCUAUGGUACACAUCAUCCGUGCUCUGUUGCUCCUUCUUCUUAUUAUUAUUAUUAUUUUAGGCUUAUUUUAGGCUAUUUUAGGCGUGUUUUACUUCCGGUUCACUGAAUGGAGAAAAAACUUUUGCGAGAUCUCGCAAAAAAAAAAAAAGUCCAUCCAUGUCCCUUUAGGGGCUCCGUACAAGAUUGUUCCAGCUUAAUAACUUAUAUUUUUGAAGAAUUGUGCAAUGAUGAAAAGAUCUUGGUUUUUUAUCCAGAGUUUUGAGUGCUUGUUUGUAUCGUGAUAUUAAUGGGUUUAAGGUAGUGGGGUUUGCGGUGGACCAGACGGGUAAACAAUAAUUAAUAUGGGACAUUAUAAGAGAAAACAUGUACAUUUUUGCCGCUUCUGUUGACAUAUGAUUUCUGAGGUGCCUGAAAUUUCCAAGUGUGACCUUAAGAAUUUUGCUUACUCUCUGCUCUUAUUUUAAUCCAGUUACGUAAAACCACAACUGAAGAGGUUUGUCAUCAUCAGAGUGAGGAGAGGAGAGUUUAAGGGAAGAACAAAGAAAACAUUUCCAGCUUUAAUCCGGUCUGAAGGGACGAGGCGCUUAAAUCUGUGAGGAGAAACUAUCUCAGCCUCUUCCACUUCACAUCUGCUCAGCUCACAUUACUGCUGCUAAUCAGAAACACAGAAACACAGAAACACAAUCUCAGUAAAUGCCUGAACUCCUCACUUCUUCAGCUCUGCAGAUUUAUGAUUCUUCUGUCUGAUUCAGUCUCUGCUGUCGUUGAAUCAAUCCUUAAAGGUCACAGUUACAACUUUGAACACUGUGGACAAGUUUCAUUGGGCCUCCUUUGAUUGACAGCUGUCUCUCUGUGUUUUCAGUGGACGAGCUGCUGAAGGAGGCGGGUGUUGGCGCUGAUGGGCGGGUCUACUGUGAGCAGUUUGCUAAAGCGGUGACUCACACUUCAGCGAAACGUUGAAGACGUCUCUGAGCUGAACUUCUGCUCCUCCAAACAUGAACUAAGAAAAGAUGUUUUUAUCAGAGUGACGACCUUUGAACCAGAACAUCACCUCAGUCCGUCACGAUGCUGCUGAAUCUGAAAUCUUUCAUUUGUUAUAAAUAAAGAACGUUUUUCUGAUCCAA